AUGUGCUGCAUUCACCAGGCCGCCUCAUGUUGCAAUCGCUACGAUAUUCGAGAUAUCACGAUACAUCCUGAGGGUGUCUUACGUUUCAAGUCAAAAGUGCCCCAGUCGUCUUGUGGAAAAGGCAGAAUAUUGCCAGUAAUCAAUAAGCAUAACUUCGAGAGAUACACUCAUUUGCAAAUCAAUUUGGUUUUCACGACAGACUCAACCGAAUCUCUCGUUUACGAUAUUCCACAACUGAAAGUGCUGCACACAGGCCGCAGUUUGGGUUCAAGUAGAUCAUAA